GUUUGUUAGGACAUCCAGCCCUGCUUGAUGCGUCUGCUCUGCAUCCUCAGCAGACUGAUUCAGAGACUGCUGAACCAAAUCCAGUCAACAAUAACAAAGAUUUAUGUUUUGCCCAUCCCCGUAUAUCCCCUGCGCCUCACAGCGAGGAGGGGCGGAGUUCUGAGCAGACGCAGGAUAACAGGCGAGGACGGACGACACCGAGGGCGCGUGGUGGAAGCGAAGCAUCUGCAGCCUUCAGACCCUGACGUGAUGGAGCUCUAUCUCGACCUGCACUCGCAGCCCUGCCGCUCUGUUUUCCUGUUUGCCAAGGCGGUCGGGAUUCCCUUUGAGUUUAAGCUUGUGGACCUCGCUGCAGGGCAGCAGUACAGUGAGGAAUUUGGAAAGAUCAGCAUCAUGAGGAAGGUUCCCGUCAUGAAGGAUGGGAGCUUCAUUCUGACCGAAAGCGUGGCGAUCCUGAAGUACCUGGCACAGAAACAUUCGUCAUCAGUGGCAGAUCACUGGUAUCCCGCCGAACUGAAGCAGCGAGCUUGUGUGAAUGAGUACCUGUCCUGGCAGCACAUGAACCUCAGAACUCACGGGUCAAAGGUCUUCCUGCUCAGGGCUCUGUAUCCCGUCAUCAUGGGCUCUGAGGUGCCAAAGGAGAAGAUGGACGCUGCUAUCGAGGAUCUGAAUCAGUCGCUCAACCUGCUGGAGGAGAAGUUCCUGCAGAAGAAACCUUUCAUCGUUGGCGAAAAAAUCUCUCUGGCUGAUCUGGUGGCUGUAGUUGAGAUCAUGCAGCCUGUUGGAACCGGCCUGGAUGUGUUUGAGGGCCGUCCCAAGCUGAUCGCCUGGAGAGAGCGGGUGAAGAAGGAGAUCGGCGAAAAGCUCUUCGACGAAGCUCACGAGGCGAUCAUGAAGGUGACCAGCCUGCCACAGAAGAUGAAGAGCAACAGUGACCUGGAGAUGCUCAUACCAAAGUUUCGGAAGAUUUUCAGCUGAAUAAGUUUUCCGUGUACAAGCAGAAAUAAAACGACUGUGGUGGGUGUCAAAAA